AUGAUGAUUAUUCUUGUCUUCCCCAUCGAAGCUCUUUCUUCCUGGAUGAUUAUUCUUGUCUUCCAUACCAACGCUCCCCCUUGUUACUCGAUAGAAUUUAUUCUUGUCUUCCAUCUAAGCUCUUUGUUACUCGAUAGAAAUGAUGAUUAUUCUUGUCUUCCAUCUAAGCUCUUUGUUACUGUCUUCCUGAUGAUUAUUCUUGUCUUCCAUCGAAGCCCUUUCUCUUUGUUACUGGAUAGAAAUGAUGAUUAUUCUUGUCUUCCAUCGAAGCUCUUCCCCGGUUACUCGGUAGAAAUGAUGAUUAUUCUUCUCUUCCAUCGAAGCUCUUUGUUACUCGAUAGAAAUGAUGAUUAUUCUUCUGUCUUCCAUCGAAGCCCUUUGUUACUCGAUAGAAAUGAUGAUUAUUCUUGUCUUCCAUCUAAGCUCUUUGUUACUCGGAGAAAUCUCUUUCUUCCUGGAGGAAUGAUGAUUAUUCUUGUCUUCCCUGUUGAUUUGCAGAAUCGAAGCUCUCUUUUUAUUCUGUCUUCCUGGAAUGAUGAUUAUUCUUGUCUUCCAUCAGCUCUUUUGUUACUCGAUAGAAAUGAUGAUUAUUCUUGUCUUCCAUCGAAGCUCUUUAAUACUGAAGCACUCUCCCCAUUAUUCUGUCUUCCUGGAGGAAUGUACCAAUUUGUCUCCUUCGUAUCCCUGUUGAUUUGCAGAAUACUGAAGCACUCUCCCCCCAUUAUUCUGUCUUCCUGGAGGAAUGUACCAACAGUCCCCUUCAUGUCCCUGUUGAUUUGCAGAAUACUGAAGCACUCUCCCCAUUAUUCUGUCUUCCUGGAGGAAUGUACCAACAGUCCCCUUCGUAUCCCUGUUGAUUUGCAGAAUACUGAAGCACUCUCCCAUUAUUCUGUCUUCCUGGAGGAGUCCCCUUGGAAUGUACCCCCCUUCGUAUCCCUGUUGAUUUGCAGAAUACUGAAGCACUCUCCCCAUUAUUCUGUCUUCCUGGAGGAAUGUACCAACAGUCCCCUUCGUAUCCCUGUUGAUUUGCAGAAUACUGAAGCACUCUCCCCAUUAUUCUGUCUUCCUGGAGGAAUGUACCAACAGUCCCCUUCAAUACUGAAGCACUCUCCCCAUUAUUCUGUCUUCCUGGAGGAAUGUACCAACAGUCCCUUCGUAUCCCUGUUGAUUUGCAGAAUGCUGAAGCACUCUCCCCAUUAUUCUGUCUUCCUGGAGGAAUGUACCAACAGUCCCCUUCGUAUCCCUGUUGGUUUGCGGAAUACUGAAGCACUCUCCCAUUAUUCUGUCUUCCUGGAGGAAUGUACCAACAGUCCCCUUCGUAUCCCUGUUGAUUUGCAGAAUACUGAAGCACUCUCCCCAUUAUUCUGUCUUCCUGGAGAUGUACCAACAGUCCCCUUCGUAUCCCUGUUGAUUUGCAGAAUACUGAAGCACUCUCCCCAUUAUUCUGUCUUCCUGGAGGAAUGUACCAACAGUCCCUUCGUAUCCCUGUUGAUUUGCAGAAUACUGAAGCACUCUCCCCAUUAUUCUGUCUUCCUGGAGGAAUGUACCAACAGUCCCCUUCGUAUCAUCCUGUUGAUUUGCAGAAUACUGAAGCACUCUCCCAUUAUUCUGUCUUCCUGGAGGAAUGUACCAACAGUCCCCUUCGUAUCCCUGUUGAUUUGCAAUACUGAAUUAUUCUGUCUUCCUGGAGGAAUGUACUCUCCCCUGUUGAUUUGCAUUCUGUCUUCCUGGAGGAAUGUACCAACAGUCCCCUUCAUAUCCCUGUUGAUUUGCAGAAUACUGAAGCACUCUCCCCAUUAUUCUGUCUUCCUGGAGGAAUGUACCAACAGUCCCCUCGUAUCCCUGUUGAUUUGCAGAAUACUGAAGCCUCUCCCCAUUAUUCUGUCUUCCUGGAGGAAUGUACCAACAGUCCCUUCAUCCCUGUUUUGCAUUUUGUCAGAAUCUGUCUUCCUCUGUCUUCCUGGAGGAAUGUACCAACAGUCCCCUUCAAUACUGAAGCACUCUCCCCAUUAUUCUUCCUGUCCAACAGUUCCUGGAGGAAUGUACUGUCUUCCUGGAGACAGUCCCCUUCGUAUCGCGGUUGAUUUGCAGAAUACUGAAGCACUCUCCCCAUUAUUCUGUCUUCCUGGAGGAAUGUACCAACAGUCCCCUUCAAUGCUGAAGCACUCUCCCCAUUAUUCUGUCUUCCUGGAGGAAUGUACCAGCAAUUGUCCCCUUCGUAUCCCUGUUGAUUUGCGGAAUACUGAAGCACUCUCCCCAUUAUUCUGUCUUCCUGGAGGAAUGUACCAACAGUCCCCUUCGAAUACUGAAGCACUCUCCCAUUAUUCUGUCUUCCUGGAGGAAUGUACCAACAGUCCCCUUCGUAUCCCUGUUGAUUUGCAGAAUACUGAAGCACUCUCCCCAUUAUUCUGUCUUCCUGGAGGAAUGUACCAACAGUCCCCUCCCCCAUUAUUCUGUCUUCCUGGAGGAAUAUCCCUGUUGAUUUGCAGAAUACUGAAGCACUCUCCCCCCGUAUUCUGUCUUCCUGGAGGAAUGUACCAACAGUCCCUUCAUCCCCUGUUGAUUUGCAGAAUACUGAAGCACUCUCCCCAUUAUUCUGUCUUCCUGGAGGGAAUGUACCAACAGUCCCCUUCGUAUCCCUAUGAAUACUGUCUUCCUGGAGAAUGUACCAACAGGUCCCUUCAAUUUGCACUCUCCCCAUUAUUCUGUCUUCCUGGAGGAAUGUACCAACAGUCCCCCUUCGUAUCCCUGUUGAUUUGCGGAAUACUGAAGCACUCUCCCCAUUAUUCUGUCUUCCUGGAGGAAUGUACCAACAGUCCCCUUCGUAUCCCUGUUGAUUUGCGGAAUACUGAAGCACUCUCCCCAUUAUUCUGUCUUCCUGGAGGAAUGUACCAACAGUCCCAUUCAAUACUGAAGCACUCUCCCCCAUUAUUCUGUCUUCCUGGAGAAUGUACCAACAGUCCCCUUGGUAUCCCUGUUGAUUUGCAGAAUACUGAAGCACUCUCCCCAUUAUUCUGUCUUCCUGGAGGAAUGUACCAACAGUCCCCUUCUAAUACUGAAGCACUCUCCCCAUUAUUCUGUCUUCCUGGAGGAAUGUACCAACAAUCCCCUUCGUAUCCCCUUCAGAAUAUCCUGUUGAUUUGCAGAAUGUACCAACAGUCCCCUUCAUCCCUGCAUUUGCUCUCCCCCCAUUAUUCUAAUACUGAAGCACUCUCCCAUUAUUCUGUCUUCCUGGAGGAAUGUACCAACAGUCCCUUCGUAUCCCUGUUGAUUUGCGGAAUACUGAAGCACUCUCCCCAUUAUUCUGUCUUCCUGGAGGAAUGUACCAACAGUCCCUUCGUAUCCCUGUUGAUUUGCAGAAUACUGAAGCACUCUCCCCAUUAUUCUGUCUUCCUGGAGGAAUGUACCAACAGUCCCCUUCGUAUCCCUGUUGAUUUGCAGAAUACUGAAGCACUCUCCCCAUUAUUCUGUCUUCCUGGAGGAAUGUACCAACCGUCCCCUUCAAUACUGAAGCACUCUCCUCAUUAUUCUGCCUUCCUGGAGGAAUGUACCAACAGUCCCCUUCGUAUCCCUGUUGAUUUGCGGAAUACUGAAGCACUCUGUCCCUGGAGAAUGUACCAACCGUUCUUCGUCUUCCUGGAGGAAUGUACCAACAGUCUUCCUGGAGGAAUUGGUAUCCCUGUUGAUUUGCAGAAUACUGAAGCACUCUCCUCAUUAUUCUGUCUUCCUGGAGGAAUGUACCAACAGUCCCCUUCCACUCCCCUCCCAUUAUUCUGUCUUCCUGGAGAAUGUACCAACAGUCCCCUUCGUAUCCCUGUUGAUUUGCGGAAUACUGAAGCACUCUCCCCAUUAUUCUGUCUUCCUGGAGGAUGUACCAACAGUCCCUUCGUAUCCCUGUUGAUUUUUUGGAAUACUGAGUCCCCCAUUAUUCUGUCUUCCCCUGGAGGAAUAUCCCAGUCCCUUAUCCCUGUUGAUUUGCGGAAUACUGAAGCACUCUCCCCAUUAUUCUGUCUUCCUGGAGGAAUGUACCAACAGUCCCCUUCGGAAUCCCUGUUGAUUUUCAGUCUCCCAUUAUUCUGUCUUCCUGGAGGAAUGUACCAAAGUCCUUUCAAUACUGAAGCACUCUCCCCAUUAUUCUGUCUUCCUGGAGGAAUGUACCAACAGUCCCUUCGUAUCCCUGUUGAUUUUCAGAAUACUGUAGUUCUCCCCGAUUUGUCUUCCUGGAGAAUACUGUUGAUUUUCAGCACUCUCCCCAUUAUUCUGUCUUCCUGGAGGAAUGUACCAACAGUCCCCUUCGUAUCCCUGUUGAUUUGCAGAAUACAGCACUCUCCCAUUAUUCUGUCUUCCUGGAGGAAUGUACUGAAUCAGUCCCCCCCCAUUAUUCUGUCUUCCUGGAGGGAAUGUACCAACCCCUUUCUAUCCCUGUUGAUUUGCAGAAUACUGAAACACUCUCCCCAUUAUUCUGUCUUCCUGGAGGAAUGUACCAACAGUCUCCUUGGUAUCCCUGUUGAUUUGCAGAAUACUGAAGCACUCACCUCAUUAUUCUGUCUUCCUGGAGGAAUGUACCAACAGUCCCCUUUUGUAUUCCUGUUGAUUUGCAAAAUACUGCAGCACACACUUCAUUAUUCUGUCUGCCUGGAGGAAUGUAUCAACAGUAUUCCUGUUAAUUGGGGGAAUACUACAGCACUCUCCCCCAUUAUACUGUCUGACUGGAGGAAUGUACCAACAGUCUUCUCAGUAUUCAUUUUGUCUGGAGGAAUACUACAGCACUCUCCUCACUAUUCUAUUUCUUCAUUUCUUUAUGUUAUUCUUUCUUUCAAUAAAACACCUUUACUUUUUACCCUCUCUCUUUCUUUCUUUCUUUCUUUCUUUCUUUCUUUCAGCCACGUCUUCCUUUCUUUCUUUCUUUCUUUCUUUCUUUCAGCCACGUCUUUCUUUCUCUCUUUUUUUCUCUCUUCAUUUCUUUCUUUCUUUCUUUCAGCCAUGUCUUCCUUUCUUUCUCUCUUUCUUUCUUUCUUUCUUUCUUUCUUUCAGCCACGUCUUUCUUUCUUUCUUUCCUUCUUUCUUUCAGCCACGUCUUUCUUUCUUUUUUCUUUCCUUUCUUUCUUUCAGCCAUGUCUUUUUUCUUUCUCUCUUUCUUUCUUUCUUUCUUUCUUUCUUUCUUUCUUUCUUUCUUUCUUUCUUUCUUUCUUUCUUUCUUUCUUUCUUUCAGCAACGUCUUUCUUUCUUUCUUUCUUUCUUUCUUUCAUUUUUUUCUUUUUUCUUUUUUUUCUUUCUUUCUUUGUGCCUGAAUGUUUCUUUUCUUUCUUUCUUUUCAGAUUUUUUCAUUUCUUUCUUUCUUUUUCCUUUCUUUCCUUUUAUUUUCAUUCUUUUCUUUUUUCAAAACUUUUUUUUUUAUUCUUUCUUUCUUUCUUUCUUUUCUUUCUUUCUUCUUUCGCUGUUUCUUUUUCUUUCUUUCUUUAUCAUUUUUUCUCUUUCUUUCUUUCUUCUUUCCAAUGUCUUUCUUUCUUUCUUUCUUUUUCUUUCUUUUUUCUUUCUUUCUUUCUUUCUUUUUUUUCUUUUUUUUUUCUUUCUUUUUCUGCAUUCUUUCUUUCUUUCUUUCUUUCUUUCUUUCUUUCUUUCUUUCUUUCUUUCUUCUUCUUUCUUUUUUCUUUCUUUCUUUCUUGUUUUAAAUUUCUAAUUUUCAUUCUUUCUUUUCUCUUUUGCUUUCAUUCUUUUUUUCUUUCUUUUUCUUUCUUUCUUUCUUUCUUUCUUUUUUUCUUUCUUUCUUUCUUUCUUUUUUUUCUUUUUUUUUUUCUUAUUUCUUUUCUUCAUUUUUUUAUUUCUUUUUCUUUUUCUCUUUUUUCUUUCUUUUCAUCCAUUCUUUUUUUCAGCCACGUCUUUCUUUUUUUUUUUUCUUUCAAAGGGAAAAUCUUUCAAAGACUUUUUCUUUUUUCUUUCUUUGUUCUUUCAAAUUCCUUUUUCUUUUUCUCUUUUCUUUCUUUCUUUGUUCUUUUUUGUCAUCACAACUUCUUUCUUACUUUCUUUCUUUCUUUCUUUCCCACAGCAACGUCUUUCUUUCUUUUCUUUCUUUGGUUCUUUCAUGUGGCAAGUUUUCUUUUUUCUUUCUUUCUUUGCUUUCUUAUUUUUUCUUUAAAAAAAGCAAACAUUUCCUUCUAUUCCUUUCUUUCUUUCUUUCUUUCUUUCUUUCUUUCUUUCAGCCAUGUCUUCCUUUCUUUCUCUCUUUCUUUCUUUCUUUUUAUUCUUUCAGCCACGUCUUUCUUUCUUUCUCUCUUUUUUAUUUCUUCAUUUCUUUCUUUCUUUCUUUCAGCCAUGUCUUCCUUUCUAUCUCUUUCUCUUUCUUUCUUUCUUUCAUCUUGUCUAAUGAUUGUUUCAUUCUUUCAUAGGUCUUUCUUUCUUUUUUUUCUUUUGAUGGGAAUUUCUUUCUUUUUUCUUUCAGCCACGUUUAUUUUCUUUUUCUCUCUUUCUUUCUUUCUUUCCAUGAUAUCUUUCUUUCUUCUUCUUUCUUUCUUUCUUUCUUUUUUUUUCUUUCUUUCUUUCUCCUUCUUUCUUUCUUUCUUUUUCUUUUCUUUCAUUUUCAUUUCUUUCUUUCUUUCUGAUUUUCUUUCUUUCCAUGUUUCUUUUCUUUCUUCCUUUUUAGAUUUGUUCAUUUCUUUCUUUCAAGAACACCUUUACUUUCAUUUCCCUUUUUCUUUCAUUCUUCCUUUCUUUCUUUGUGUACAUUCCUUUUCAUUUCCCUCUUUCUUUCUUUCAUUCUUUUCUUUUAUCAGCCAUUUUUUUCUUUCAACUUUCUUUCAUUCUUUCUUUCAUCUUUCUUUCAAAUCAUUUUCCUUUCUUUCUCUCUUUCUUUCUUUAUUUCUUUCCUUCUUUCUUUCAGCCACGUCUUUCUUUCUUUCUUUUUCUUUUAAGCCGUCUUUUCUUUUUUUCUUUUUUUUUUCUUUCUUUCUUUUUUCUUUUCUUUCUUUCUUUCUUUUUUUUCUUUCUUUCUUUUUUCUUUAA